GGCAAAAGUUUUAUUAACUGAUAGAUAUAAUGGACGCUUCGCAGCCGGAAUCUGAGUUACUGGGCGAAGAGGAGGAGGUGGACAACGAGGAACACAUAUCCUUUCCCCGUGAUAUCAUCAGCGUAGAACACUCCUUUGGCUAUGAUUGUAAGAAACUCUUCAAUUUGGUACUGGUGGAUUCUGACACACUGGUCUUUGGCUCGGGAAACUUCCUCAAUUAUUUUAGCAUUUCGCGUCAGGAGAUUUCGUUUCAGGAAACAAUCUACGGCUGCGGAAUAGGGUUUAUCACGAAAAACGAGCAUCCGGACUACACCAAUCUCUUUACGGUGGGCGAAAACGGGCCACGACCCACGAUUUUUAUCUACGAGUAUCCUUCGCUCAAUGUCCGUAUAAAGCUUUUAAAUGCAGCCAAGACUUGUUUUACGGCUGGCUCUUAUAAUAAGACUGGGGAGUUGUUCGCCUCGCAAGCGGGAUAUCCGGAUUUCAUCAUCACCAUCUGGCGCUGGGAGAAGGCAGAGGUCGUGCUGCGGGCCAAGUCCUUCCAGAGUGACAUCUUGUUCGUGCAUUUUUCUGAACACAACCCCAUCCUGCUCUGUUCAUCGGGUAUUAGCCACAUCAAGUUCUGGAAGAUGGCCAAUACUUUUACUGGCCUAAAGUUAAAGGGGGAUUUGGGCCGUUUUGGCAAAACGGACUUCAGCGAUAUCUAUGCCAUGUACAUGCUGUCGGAUGAGAAUGUGAUCUCUGGGAGCGAUUGGGGCAACAUGCUGCUCUGGCAGGCGGGGCUCAUCAAAUUCGAGAUCUGCCGGAAAGGUAGAAAGCCCUGCCAUACGAAACCCAUAAGCAGGAUAACCAUGAAGAACGGUGAGGUGACGACGGUGGGCAUGGACGGAUAUGUGCGCGUCUGGUACUGGGAAACUGUGGACUUGGCCGAUCCGCCCGAGGAUGAUUUAUUCGUCGAGAUCGACCCGAUCUAUGAGUUCAAGAUCGCCGAUGUGGAGCUACGCUGCAUGCAGAAAAUCCAUCCCUUUGACGAGUCGGACUUCACCCACUAUGCCCAGGAUGGAAACGGUGGAAUUUGGUUCUGCGACAUCAACACCUACGACGUGCCCCAGAAGCCGCGCAAGCUUUACUCCUGCAUUGGCGGCAAGGUACUCACUUCCCAGAUGUCCCCGGUGUCGCCGCAUUUUCUGUGCAUGUCAGAGAACGGAAAGCUGUUUGUGUAUGAGUACGAGGAGCAGCGUCUGAUCCUGGAGAAGCAGUUCCCGGCGGACGGAGUCGAUGUGCUCUGGCUGGAUACCCAGAUCUCGGUCAAGGGCACGGAAAUAGUGGCGGCCUUUAAGGACGGCAUCCUCCGGCAGCUGUAUCUGGACCUCAGCAAUAUGGAACGGCCAACAAUGACGCGGGUGAGAGCCUUUAAGGCUCACACAUCCCCAAUCACCGGACUCACCGUAAAUCGGACCAGCAGUCUGCUCCUAACCGGCAGCGCCGACAAGAGCAUAUUCAUCUACCAAUUGAGCCGGGAUGAAAAUCAGCUGGUGGACAUGCAUCCCCUGGGUUUUGUCCAGUUUGCGGCGAUCCCGAACUGCUUCUACUGGCACGAAGAGGAGCCCACUGUGGUCCUGGUGGGCUGCAAGAGUGGUGAACUGUACGAGUACAAUAUCCGCACCGAGGUCACCGAAGAGGAGACCUACCUAUCCUACAACAUCACAGAGAAUUCACGCAUGCGCAGUACGAAAUUUGCAUCCAUCAAAAGCCGCAUCCGAAGGGAAAUCAAUCGGGAAAACGCAAAGAAGCGCAAGGAAAGGAAACGGGAGCGCAAGAUGCACGAGGUCGAGAAGCUGAAGAAGGCCAAUCCCGGUCUGCAGAUCGACAUGGAGUCGGCGUUGGCCGACUCGGAACCGGAUGAGGAGGAGGAGGCGCUGCAUAUUCCGGCCGUGCCCAAUGCUAUCAUCUGGAUGCGGUACACGGAGAGGAAUACCAUCUGGGUGUCCAUGGCGGGCUACGAUGCGGGCUAUGUCUACGAGCUGGAGUUCGAUGCGCCGGAGCCCACCUAUGCCACUAUCAUAGCAGAUGGGGAUGAUAUGGAAAUACACUCCUACUGCAUUAUCGACGACUUUAUUAUCUUUGGUCUUAUGAACGGACGCCUUCGAAUCAAUCGCAUCAAUCCGGACAACUUUACGGACCUCUCCGAGUACCGUAUCUAUCCCAUGCACGAUGGCCUGAAGGGCACUAUUCCCAAAAUCGAUACCAGUUUCAAUGGUGAGCAUUUGCUGUCCGUUGGCUUCGAUGGAAACGUGUUUCUCCACAAGUGGUACGGUCCGAAGCUCGUUAAAAACAGGCGAAGGGACAAUCUUCCGCCCCUGCCGGCUGAGGUUAGCCAGAUUCCCGACAUCGACGAGGAAGCACCAUCCCUGGAACAAGAAAAGAUCAACGCGGAGCUGCGACGCCAACAGGAAGCAGCCGAGGCGCACGAUCGGGACGUGCUGAACAAAAUCGGAUUGCUGCAGAACGUCUACUUCGACAUAAUCAAGCACAACGAUGAGCUGCCUCCGGGUUUGAGGGCCAAGGACACGGAUUUAAUGCUGGACGAUCGUAUAACGCGGCAGAUUCGGGACGAGCUGCAGGCGGAGUUGGAUGAUGUUCGAGAGGACCUAGCCUACGACCUGGAAUUCGCCCAGGUGGGACACUUAAAGUUGUAUAACCACUUCCUUAAGGACCUAGUCCAAGUCCCCAUCACCGUCAAUCCCUUGCGUGCCGACGUACCAGGUGUGUCCACAUUUCGCCUACAGGCUCUGGGCGAAGAACACGAGCAGAUUAAGAGGGACAUAGAGGAGCGUCUGAAGCGGGAGCACGACAUGGGCCUUUACAGAGAGGAUCGGGUCGCAGAACAACCAGAAGUACUUCAUGACCUUGUGGUGGCAGAGAGAUCAGAUGAAUCCAUUGGAGAGCCUCCGCCGGAAGCCUUCUUCUUCGGGCGCGAUCCAAGGAGCAUAGAGCCCCGGUUUAGCAAGAAGAUGAUGCGCCUCCUGAAUCGGUACCGGAAACGUCAACUUUUCGAGGUGCGACGUAUCUUUGACUGGGACAAGCUGGAGCGCCAGAAACCGGACCCCAAUCGCAACCAUCCGGAUGACGAUGCCCAGAUCGAGGAUGCCAAGCGAAACAUGGGCGACUUUAAGCUCAAGAUCGGGGCGGACUACGAACCGAAAUCGGAGGAGACGCUGACCCAGAAGUACAUAGAGAUCGUGCAGUGUCGCGAACAGUACUUCGAUAUGGUGGAGUCCUUCAAUCAGAUGGUGUUGGAGCUGCGCGAACGAAAGGGUGAACUGGAGCAGUUCAUUAACGCAAAGGCUAAACGUCUGGAAGUCAUUCAUAGCUACCUGCCUGAACCCGACCGCCAGCCCAUGGCACCGAUGCAGAAAACGGACAUGGACCUGGAGUACCCAGAACUCAAUCUCAUCGAACUCUACACUCCCGGCUGUGGGGCGGAUAUCGACGACAUCCUCACCCUGGAGCGAACUGUGGAUCAGGUUGUCUUUCAACAAACGAUGAGGUCAACGGCCAAUAUUAGCCUCUACAGCAUGCACGGAUUGGAUGUGCCCGAACUGCACGAGAAUUGCGCCUUCACCAUGCUUCAGAUCUCGAAGCUGGAAAAGAGUCUUCCGAAUGACGAACUGACCGAGGAGUUGCUGAAGCUGCCGCCAAUCAGCGAUCCGGCCUACUUCGAGAGGAAUGAGGACAACGAGGCGCCAUACCAGGUUGAGAUUCGUCAUCGUUGGCUUCGCCAUCUCCUUAUAGAACAGGCUGCGAUCCGGCUGGAAGUGGACGAGGAAGUGCAGCAAUUUGAUAAGGCGUUGGCCAAGUUGCAGGUGCGACGCUUCCACGUUAAACUGGACGCCGAGUUCAUGAACGCAUACAUGAACACCCAAAAUCAGGAGCUGUACAUCCUGCGCGACAGCGAGGAGAUAGAGACGCAGUUGCUCCUCAACGCCAAGAUGGCGAUGAGCACUCGAAACGAGCUGCAGGUGGUCAUCAAUACCACGAACAGGCAGUUGGACGAGCUGAGGCGCAACAUUGACAAGUUGGGCGAGCAGAUAACAGCCGUUCAAGUGCUGUUUUCAACCACAGUGAAGGGUCACAAGUUUUUCGACUUCCUGCGUCGCAUCUUCAAGAAGAAGUGGCGUCCCCCCAAGGUGGCCAGGGGUGACGAUGAGUCCUCCUCCUCCUCUUCGUCCUCGUCUUCAUCCUCCAGCGAGGACGCACAGGCGGACAACAAGAGCCUUGACUCCUUGGACAUGACCACCAUCCGGCUGGACGAGGCCACCUGUCCCACCGGCUUGGAUCGAUCCCUUUACGAACUGGCCUUCGCCAUGCGCUCCGAACGCCACGAACUGGAGCGAAAUGUGCGGGAUCUUCAGCGUGAUGUGGAGAACAAGCGCAAGGAAAUCGCCGAUAUGCAGAUUAAGAUGAAGUUUCACGAGGAAGUGUAUCAACGCGAGAAAAAUGCCCUCUUGCAAUUUCGGCGCAAUCGCCAGCAGGAAGUCAACAAGGUGCACAUCAGCGCUGUGCUACGAAUGGACCAGCUGCAGCAUUUCUAUGAAGGCGACGAUUACCGCGACCUGUCCAAAGCCAUUCUCUUCGACGCCGACAUGCUGGUGGAGCUGCGCCGUCGGGCGGAUCAACUCAGCGAGGAGACGCAGGCCACCAAACGCUGGCAUCGCAUCAACUUCAUCCACUUGAGACGCAUGAACACGGACAUUAAGUUCAUGAGGUUUGAGAUUACACGGCUGGAGGAAGAGAUCCGUCAGGCUAUGAUGAAGAAAUUCGGCAUAAUUGUCAAUCUGGAUGAAUUGGAGGAGGAGGUUUUAAGACGGUACAUCUUCGAUCUAGAAACCAACGCCGAGGAUGAGCUAAUGGCACUUGAAAAAGAGCUGUUGGAGAAACAGAAAGAACUGUCCCGCUGCGAGGAGGAACUAGUCCUGGAGACACAGAACAACACUGAAAAAGUCAACAUAAUGACAGUGCUUCGUGAGGAGAAGAACAUCCUUUGCACUCUGUUGGAUAUCCAGAACCGCAACUAUGAAAAGUGGAGUAAUCCGAAUGCACUGAAUCUUUCCUAUGACAUUGAGAAGCUCAGGGGCAUUGAGAAAUCCUUGCUGGACCAAAUAGAAUGCCUGGAGCGGGAGAUCUGCGCCUUGAGGCUGAAAUCCAAACCGCUGCAAAUCAAUUACGAAUUCGAGAUUGAUCCAAACGCGCCGCCGCAGGUGAACAGCGAAAUUAUGCCCAACGAGGACCCAAUGGUGUGCCCGGCCAUCCUCAAUGUGGAUGCCUAUAUGCUGCCACCCAUGCCCGAUGAGUUCAUCAUGGACCGUGUGCAUACGAUCGUUCAAAAGAGUUUCAAUCGCUUAUUUGGGCGGAACACCACUCCGGAAAAUGUGCGCAAGUUUGCCCAGAGAUCAUCGCUGUAUUUAUGCCAAGCAGCCUACAGUUUCCAGGGUCGGUACACUGAUCGCAUUGCCGAGUGCAUUACGGAGCACCUGCAGACGAUUGUGCCCAAGAAGUACUUCAUCCUCAUUAGCAGCGAGGAGCUUCGCAAGCUCUUCAACGAAGUGGUGGCCGUAUUUGACUAUGAACGCUCUGACGUGAACACCGAGGAACUGAUCUCCGGAAUCUUUGAUCACGCCAAGGACUCACUCUGCGCCCACAUCCACCUGGGCGAUGCCGAAGUGGUCAACCGCACCCACUUCAUCGUGUCGCACAUGUUCAAGGAGCUGAUCGAGGUGCUGCCCUUGGAGGAAUUCCAAUCCGACGAGACCCUUCGCAUGAUCGUGGACGUGCUGGAGCGUGAACCGAUGGUGGAUCCCCGAGCCAUCGGCGUGGAGCUGCUCAUCGAGAGCACGCUGCAGCAUGCCCAGGAGAAUCUCCUGGACGGGAUUACGGCGGUUCCAGUGCGCAAACUGGGCAGCUCCAUUCAGAGGGACCUCAUAAAGCGUCGCCAGUACAAGCAGCCCAGCUGCGAAUCACCAAUGUCGGUGCGGAUCGCCACGAAAAAACAUGGACACGGCACUGGGCUUCCCUUUUAAAAGUAAUAUGUAGGUUUUUAUUGGACUGUACAGCUUUCGGCUAAUUCAAAUACAUUUUUAAAAAAUU